UAUCCUAAAUUAGCAAAGCGUAAUUUACUGGAAAAGAAACUCUUCUUCCUCCGCCGUCCUCCUCCUGGGCAGGCUGCCAACCGCCGCCGAUGGCAGAGACGGCAGCGGAGUUCUUGCCGCCCGGGAAGGAGCAGCCGAGGGCCAGGAUGAAGGAGAAGGGUUCGAAGCCUCAUGCGCAAGCCGCCGCCGCCGCCGCCGUUCCUCAUCCUAGGGCGCAGCCAGGAGAAGAACAUGUUAGCGCACUGGUGAAGGCGAUUGCUGGGUUCGCCAAAAGGGAAACUGAGGCCGUGGUCAAUCCAAAGUUGGGGACUAGCUUUGUUUCUCUUGGCGAGGCCUAUGAGUUCUACAACAUUUAUUCCUGGGAAUCUGGUUUUGGAAUUAGGUACGGCGAGAGCAGUCUGGAUUCUCAAGGAAGUAAAUGCAUGCAGAAAUUUGUUUGUGCGUGUGAGGGGAAACCAACCAAGUACAACAAUUCACCCCUCAGCUGUGAAUGCACGGCAUCGAUUCGUUUGCUGAGAUCCAGAGACAGUGGAUGGUACGUGUGCGAACAUCAAGUUGGGCAUAAUCACACACUUUCCAGGGCGUGUAAAGAGAAGUUAUCCUGGCGGUCUCAUACUAGUAUCAACAAGAACACGAGGGACUUGAUCCGCCAACUAAGAGAAAACAAUGUGCCAGUCAUUGCUGAAAUUGGAGCAGAGAAUCCACACUUUGAUGAUUUUAGGAACACCAUGGAAACCUUUACCAGGAUCAGAGUAAAGGAUCCACUGUUUAAUUAUACUUUUCAGAUUGAUAAUGACUGUAGAGUAACGACGCUACUCUGGACCAGUAUCCAGAACUCCACUCACUACCACUCCUUUGGCGAUGUGAUUACCUUCGAUACCACCUACCGAUCAAACAUGUAUGAAAUACCAUUUGGCCUUUUUGUUGGAGUCAACAACAACUUCGAGACCAUAUUGCUUGGCGGGGUGCUGAUGACAGAUGAGAAAGUGGACAGCUUCAAAUGGGUGUUCAGCCAGUUUUUCCAAUUAAUGGGUGGGAAACAGCCCCAAACUAUACUAACUGAUCGAUGCGGAGCAAUUGAGGAUGCCAUACGAGAGGUACUGCCAUCCACCACACACAGAUGGUGCAAGUGGCAGGUCCUUGGCAUGGCAAAGGACUUCCUUGGUUCUCAUUACACAAAAGAAAGUAUGUUUCGAGUGGAAUUCCACAGAAUUUUGAAUGACAUGUUGACAACUGAUGAGUUUGAAAGAGCAUGGGAGAUGCUGCUACAGAAGUAUGGGUUGGAGAAUCACCCAUUUCUGAUGCAAAUCUAUGAGGUGCGGCACAAGUGGGUUAAGGCAUACUUCAGCGACACAUUCUGUGCUAAACAGACUAGCACACAAAAGUGUGAGAGCGCGAGACACUUGCUAAAAGAAUAUGUCCCAUGGGAUUGCUCAAUGGAACUUUUCGUCAAACAAUACGAGAAACUGCGAUCCGAUCAAGACCUGGAAGACGAUUUCGAGGAGAAGAGUACUAGUAUAAAUGAGGUUGUUCUGAGGACAAAUCUACCAAUAGAGAAGCAUGCCAGCGAGGUGUACACAAGAGCUGUGUACGAACUGUUUGUACAAACCAUAUACGAAUCUGAACCUUAUGUAGUGGAGGCAGUAAUCCCUAAUUUGAAGUACAAAGCAUGGUGUCCCAACAGUGAAACGAGAGAGAAAUGGUCUAGGGUGGAAUAUGAGGUCAAUGUCAGAGAAGAAGGUGAAGCGUUCAUGUGUGUGUGUAAGCAAUUUGAGCACACGGGAAUGGUCUGCUGCCAUGCUGUUAAGGUCAUGGUCCACCUGGGUGUGCACGAGAUACCAAGGUCUCAUAUCGUGCCACGGUGGACAGUCGAGCCGCUGCGCUGUUGGAUGCAUCGCGCUCAUCCACAGAAAGACACUUGCUGGCGAUGCAGGCGAUUUGCGCUGUAUGACAAGGGGAUAAAGAUAAUGCGGCGUGCUUCUCGUGAUGAUCGGUCCUUCGAGAUCGCCAUGAAGCAUAUGGAUCGGAUGCAAGAAAUCGUAUCCCAGAUGCCUGAUGUCUGAAGUCAGUCUGAGGCCUGGAAUGCUUGGAGGAAGGAAACUGAGCAAGGGAUUUUGAAUUCUGUUAAAUCCAACUUGGUUCACAUGGGUCAACAGGCUCUUGAUCCUUUUUUUUUUGUUUCUAUUAGGAACUCUGAACUUGUCCUCGUGUGAAACAAUAGUAUAUGUUAUCCAGCGACGUGAUGACGAUAA